AUUCAUAAAGUUUCUUUUAAUAUGAAUACUUUUAAAGUUUUUUCCGUUUUCUUGGUCCUUUUCUUCAGGACGUAUAGGGCUAAUAUGAUACAAUCUCCUUGCGGCGGCUUUAAUGAUGUAAACACCACUGCUAUAACGGAAUUUCCUCUUACAGAUGGUCAAGUAACUACCAGAUUCGGAGAUGGUAAUGGUUUUAUGAUUAUCAACUAUGCUCCCACUUCCAAUGAUACUUUCCAACCUGUUUCAGAGAAUUUCACAGUUUUUCUUGCCGAAGGUGCUGAGCCAAAAUAUUUUGCUAUAAAAGUCGAUCUCUCUAAAGCUGGUGCCAAAGUUGGAGAUCAAGGAGUACUUCAAGGUUUUUACACGGGAGCGACUAAUACGUUGUAUGGAUGUGCUGAUAUCAAAGUUGUAGAUUUUGAAGUUAUAGGUGGUGCUAAAAGUGAUAAUAAAUCCAGUGGAGCUUCUAUUAUUAGUACCUUUGAAGUUGUUUUCUUCACGACCAUUUUAGCUUCUUUUAUCAUUGCUCUUUGAUUUAUAUAAGACUUUUUUUGUAUUUACUGUAUUUAUUUGUAUAAUUAU